GCACGUGCAUGUUUACGGGGUUUUCGUGCAGCGCAUUGCAAAGUAGAAAUUGUUUGAUUAUCCUGGCGAAUAGGUUAGCAAAUUGCUUUAUUGCAGCGAUGAGCAAGAGGACCGGCCGAAAAUGAGGAAAAUGCAGUCGGUAGUAGAACCAGCCGCACCGCCGUCGGCGGAAGCGAAGUCCGAGGCGCAGUUGAUAAUCGAAGCCAAGCAGCGCAAACGGGAGGAAGAAGAUAUGGAAGAACUACAGGCUCUGGAGGAGAAACGACGAGCCGAGCGGGAACGAGAGGAAGAAGAGCUGCGCCGUCUCAAGGAGAAACAGGCAGAAAGAAAAAAGGCUCGUGAAGAAGAAGAGCGUCGUUUGGAGGAGCAAAAGCAGCUGGCAGAAGAACAGAGAAGGAAAGAUGAGGAUGCGCGGCGCCAGAAAGCGGAAGAUGAAAAGCAGCGGAAGAAGGAAGAAGCUGAACGAAAAAAAGCAGCUGCUGCCGCUUCGGCUAGCGGUGGACGUAACUUUGUUAUCGACAAGGAGCGCAGCGGAGAAAGCGGUGUUGAUAAGUUCAUGAACAUAUCAAAAGCCAAAACGGAAAUGUCCCUAAACGCCGGCGAAUUGCAAGACCUACGCCAGAAAACCAUCAACGAUCGGGUCAAACCGCUCUCGGUUUCGGAAUUGGAUCACAAUGGUUUAAAAUCCAAAGCGGAAGAUUUAUGGAAGACUAUUAUAAAACUGGAAACUACAAACUAUGAUCUGGGCGAACGUUUCAAGCGUCAGGAAUAUGACCUGAAAGAGCUCAAUGAGCGUCAGCGCCAGAUCAGCCAUAAAAAACAUCUGGCACAAGGACUGGACCCGGAAGCGGCCAGCUCACGCUAUCCACCGAAAGUACAGCUGGCUAGUAAAUACGAGCGACGCGUCGAUCGCCGGACGUUCGAAGAGCGCAAGAAUCUCUUUGAGCAGAAUGGCGUCGACGAUAAACCCAAAGAGCUGGUUAAGCCGCUGGCUAAGAAACGCGAGGACUGGAUUAAGCCGAAGGAAACAAAGUCUCACCGAGAAACGCCGGCAGAUGACUUCGAAAAUGAACAUGCGGAAAACGAUGAAAUGGAGAAAAACAGCGUAGUGCAUGUGGAUGACGAAUCUUUCGAACAGCAAAAGGUCAACUCACAAAACAGCCAAGAACACGAUCAGGACGAUUGGACUGAGCCAGAUCUGGCAGAAGAAGCGCAGGAAAAUCACAUUGCUGUGGCGUCAAAUUCGAGGAAGUCAAGCGGUAUUGUUUCUCAGACGGAAUCAGAACGAGACAUCAAUGACGAAAAUGUUAACGAGGACGAUUUGUUUGCCGGCAAGGAGGAUUAUACGGCACUGGCAACUACGACUGAGGCUUAAUUGAUACUAAUACCUACCCGUAACAAAGAUACCACAACGCAAACCCACUUCAAGAGCAACUCUAACUUCACUUAAAUUAAGAUUGUAUCCAAUAGUCAAUGUGCUGUAAACAGAGUGCAUGAGAAAUAUUGUAUGUAUAUACACACCGUAAAAAAAGCACUGGUUAAAUUUUUAAUGCCGCAAUAUGUGCAUGUGUGAACAAUAGAAGUUCGAAAAAUGGCCCAUAUAAAAGACGUUUUGAGGGCGAUUUGGCCAGAUUAAGACAAAAACCUGCUUCGUAGUUAUACAACACUGUGUUUUAUGUACCACUAAUUUACCGAAAGAGUAGGCAUUUUAAUAAAUC